AAAGAGAAUUAACCCUAAACUACCCUAGCAUUUUUUGCAUUGUACAACAUUGCUCUCUCCGUCCCUAACUUCACCUUCUGGCAGAAUCAGGAAGUCCCUCCCCUUCCCACAAACUCUAUUCUGAGAAAACGAAACUUAUCUGAGUCGCGGUGUUUUGUCUGUGUGAAAGUGAACAACAGUCCAAAUGGCUCAGCAGGCAGUUCUGCUGGACCAGGACCAGUUCUGUUGUUCUGUCUGUCUGGAUCUACUGAAGCAGCCCGUAGCUAUUCCCUGUGGACACAGUUACUGUAGGAGCUGUAUUGAGGGCUGCUGGGAUCAGGAUGAUCUGAAGGGGAUCUACAGCUGUCCUCAGUGCAGACAGACCUUCACUCCAAGGCCUGCUCUGAUGAAAAACACCAUAUUGACUGAAGUGGUGGAGAAACUGAAGAAGACAGGACUACAGGCUGCUCCCCCUGAUCUGUGCUAUGCUGGACCUGGAGAUGUGGCAUGUGAUUUCUGCACUGGGAACAGAAAGCAGAAAGCCCUCAUGUCCUGUCUGGUGUGUCUGGUGUCUUCCUGCAAGAGGCACCUCCAGCCUCACUAUAGUGUCCCUGCACUAAAGAAGCACAAGCUGGUCAAAGCUUCCACACAGCUACAGGAGAACAUCUGCUCCCGUCAUGACGAACUGCUGAAGAUUUACUGUCGUACCGAUCAGAAUUGUAUCUGUUAUCUGUGUAUGGUGGAUGAUCAUAAAGGCCAUGAUACAGUCUCAGCUGCAGCGGAGAGGACCGAGAAACAGAGUCAGCUGGGGAUGAGUCAGCAGAAGCUCCAGCAGAGAAUCCAGGAGAGAGAGAAGGAGCUGAAGGAGCUCCAACAGGCUGUGGAGUCUCUCAAGCACUCUGCACAGGCAGCAGUGGAGGACAGUGAUAGGAUCUUUACUGAGCUGAUCCACUCCAUUGAGAGAAGGCGCUCUGAGUUGAAGGAGUUGAUCAGAGACCAGGAGAAGGCUCAAGUGAGUCAAGCUGAUGGACUCCUGGAGCAACUGGAGCAGGAGAUAGCUGAGCUGAGGAGGAGAAACGCUGAGCUGGAGCAGCUCUCACACACAGAGGAUCACAUCCAUUUCCUCCAGAGUUAUCAGUCUCUCUCCAGUCCCAGUGUCUCUUCAGACUUACCCAGCAUCGUUAUCCAUCCUCUUCAGUACUUUGGAGAUGUGAAUAAGUCUGUUUCUGAUGUCAGAGAGAAACUAGAAGACUUCCUUAAAGGAGAAUGGACCAAGAUCUCCACCAAAGUGAAUUCAGUGGAGGUUUUACUGCCUCCAGAGCCCAAGACUAGAGAAUGUUUCUUACAAUAUUCCUGUCAGCUCACACUGGACCCAAACACAGCACAGAAAUACAUCUCUCUGUCUGAGGGAAACAGAAAGGUGACAGUUGUUAAGGCUGUUAACGAUCCGAAUCCUGACCAUCCAGACAGAUUCACUGAUUGGUGGCAGGUCCUUUGUAGAGAGGGUCUGUCUGGACGCUGUUACUGGGAGGUGGAGUGUUAUCAUGGGACUGUUUUUACAGCAGUGACAUAUAAAGACAUAAGUAGAGUAGGGAUGGUUAAUGGCUCUAGAUUUGGAUACAAUGACAAGUCUUGGGGUUUAGAGUUCUCUGGUAAUGGUUAUACUUUCAGACACAAUAAUGUUGAGACUAAAGUAUCAGGCCCUCAGUCCUCCAGAGUAGGAGUGUACCUGGAUCACAAGGUAGGUACUCUGUCCUUCUACAGCGUCUCUGACACAAUGACCCUCCUCCACAGAGUCGAAACCACGUUCACUAAGCCCCUCUAUCCUGGGAUAUGGGUUGGGUACGUAAACAAUUCUGCUGAGCUGUGUAAACUGUAGAGUUCCCCAUAUUAGAGGGAUGGUUAAUGCUCUUUUAGUCUGGUAUGUUGUUAGUAUAAUUUAAUUAUGCCAAUGUGCUUUCAUCAAUUGAAAGCCCUUCAUCUAUUUUAUGAGAAUUUGUAAGAUUUCUUGUUGCAUAAAAUAGACGCAGACCAGUCUUUAAAUAAUAGGUAAUAGAAUUUAUUCUCGGAGCGCGCUACCACUCAAAACAAAAGCAUCAGUUUAAAUACAGAUCAUGACGUCAUUUCACUGUCUUAAACGAACCCCCCCCCCCCCUCUCGACAGGACAAAGUAAGGUGAAGAGUUCAUUCUAACUUACUAACACACUCCCAGAUAACUUUUGACCCCUCAACAUUAUCGAUCACCACUGAACUGACAGGUUUAAUUAACAGAAACCCUAGGAAUGCACUCACUGCCUAAUCUAAAAACCCCAGAGCUAAGUUUCAGGUUGGGUCAACCAUAGGCUAACGACCUUAUGUUUUACACAGUCCACAACCCAUUUGUUCCUGCCCAGUAGAAAUGGUGUUCAUUAACAUUCUAUUCCUCCUAGUCCUGUCACACAAUUUCUUCUUAUGAACUCAUAUUGUUAAUCAGAUAUAAUAUAACAGAGUAUACGUUUACUUACAGUUCCAUUUAAAAUGUUUGUUCAGUCAUAUUAAUCAUAAUUUCCUAACAUAUGUACAACAAUCUUAUACAUUCAUAUUGAUGUAUUAUCACUUUGAUGUACAUUCUGAAUAACAACCGCUGUAUUGUAUCUUGUUCAAUGAGUUGUGUUAUUAUUUACCUGUUGAUCCUUGAAUUUGAGUCUGUUGAAUGUCCUCAAAUAUAUCUAGGCCUAUAUAUUGUGUAUCAAUCUGGUGCUAAACAAUCACUACUCAAUCAAUUACCCAGCAGAUGGUGAUGUGGCAAAAUCAAAUGAAAUGAUUCCACGGUUUUUGAUUGACAGUACCUCUGCCUCUCAGUAAACCACCAGAAUAAACUAGAUUUCUGUAUUUUUGUCCUUAAGUUUUAUGUUCUAAAUUACUUGAGUGACAAUGCAAUUAAAGAACCUUAUAUUUUGCA